AUGCAUGCCCUGAAGACUCUCGUGCUGCACAAGCUGCCUCUCGUAGGCAGCCUACCAGACUCCCUCUGCCACCUGCCCUCUCUCGAGACAUUCCUGCUCAUCCAAUGCGGUUCCACCAGCCAUGCGCCCCUCCAGCUGCCUGAAGCUUUUUGCCGCCUCACUACGCUCCAAACUCUCGCCAUUGUGAAGACACCUCAGACUGAGCCUCCUACGUCUCUGCCGCGCUCCCUCGAGGUCUUGAGUCUUGGAAACAGCUACCACGUGGCUGAUCUGCCAGACGUCUCCGUGCUGCCUUGGCUGAGAAAGCUCUCCUUGAAGCUGGUUGGGGCGGAGGAGAGGAUGGCUGUGGGCAGCAGGUUGGCGCGCGUGAAGCAGGUGGAGCUGGCGCUGCAGGAGGAGGCUGUGGAGCUGCCCUUCUCCCUUGCGCUGCUCCCCCAGCUGCACACGCUGGUCAUGUGGAACGCGGCGAAGAUGCAGCGGCUUCCAAGCGACAUGGGAUGGGCUGUGCCGCAGCUGAGGGUUCUGCAGAUCCACUGUGCGCGCGAAUUGAGGGAGCUGCCGGACAGCAUUGGCGCUGCAUCCCGCCUGCACCAGCUGCACCUCUUUGACUGCCCCGCUCUGCACCACCUGCCUGCUUCCCUCACCCAGCUUGCAUGCCUCCACCAGCUGCAUGUGGAAAACACCGGCCUGCGCUGCCUUCCUUCAGGUAGAACGUUAAUAGUGGUAGCAUUGUAUGGCUUUAUUGAUGGCUGGCUUGACAUGUUGGAGAGUAGGAUGCCCUAA